GACCUGCUUGCACUGGGCGUGUAAGCGCAACCACGCUGCGGUGGUGGCGUACCUGCUUCACGCCGGCGCAGACAAGGAGAUCCUCACGAAGAAAGGAGAGCGGCCGGCCCAGCUCACGUCCAAGAGAGAGAUCAGGAAGAUGUUGGGAGUGGAAGAUGAUGAACUCCCAGACUUAAAGAAAGAUUCAUAUCUGCCAAUCAUCCCUAAUUAUCUGGCUAACCCACCUUUCCCGUAUGUUUAUAACACCAUGAGUGACAGCAUCCCAGAUCCCUCUGUGAACGGCAGCAUCUCACACUUGGAACCGCGAGAUACCGACUCCUCCUCCCUACCUGAUGUGGAGACUUACGCCCGUGUCCCAUUCCAGCACGGGAAUGCCGCUCCCAGGGUGGCUGACAAUGGAGGGAUGCUCCCGUCGCUGCCCAGGGGGUGCUCUGUACCACCCUGCUCAAAACCUGCCCUUCAGAGGGGUCCGCUGUACCAGGGGUCUGUGUCUUGGAGCAGAAACCCCCCUUUGCCAGCCGGAUCCAAUCAGGCCGUACCUCAGCAAGAGAACGGCUCCUGUACAGGGCCUGUGCCAGCGUUUCAGCCGGUUUUCUUCACAGGAGCUUUUCCUCUUAAUAUGCAAGAACUGGUGCUUAAAGUUAGAAUUCAAAACCCUAAUCUUAAAGAAAAUGACUUCAUUGAAAUUGAACUGGACAGACAAGAACUGACCUAUAAGGAACUGCUCCGAGUGAGCUGCCGUGAGCUGGGCGUCAACCCUGAGCAUGUGCAGAAGAUCAGAAAAUUACCAAAUACAAUGUUAAGAAAGGACAAAGAUGUUGCAAGGCUACAGGAUUUCCAAGAACUGGAGCUUGUUCUAACAGUAAGCGACAAAAACUUACUUUUCAGAGUCCCAACACUUUCUGAACGGAGUGGUUAUAACAAGAAGGCAUCAGAACUGACAUAUUAAUUGUUUAAAGAAAACAAGAAAACAUUUGUAUCAUUUAAAAUCACAUUUGAAAUACAGUAUCUAUAAGGGCUAAUGAUAUUUUGUUAAUCCUGAAAUAAACUAAAGUGGUUAUGCA